AUGGCUCUGGUCUUGAGAUAUGUUGGCGUGGUGGACAUUAUCAAACAAAAAGGGGAUGUGGAGUUGCGAAAAUACAAGAAAGACCACCCGUUUGCACAACUUUCAGGGUCCGAUAACAUCAUUGCCUUCACAACUGAAAGGUACAAGAAGCAGCCUCUAAUUGUCCGUGGCCCAGGUGCAGGAGCCGAAGUGACAGCUGGAGGAGUAUUCAGUGACAUAUUGCGGCUUGCCUCUUAUCUUGGUGCUCCAUCAUAA